AUGCCGCUCGACAAUUACGGCGUCUGGAAGGCUCAUCCCAAAAGAUACCAUGUUCAACGUCGUGGGACCAAAACACCUCAUCUAACUCUCUAUUUUCGCAAUAAUGGAGGGCCAGAAUAUAACGCCGCCAUAAAUAUCAAGUCUGGAGAUCCAAAAGAGUCGCGACUUGUCUAUUGGGUAAAUGAGGAUAUGAGCGGCCAUCCUCUCGUCAGGGGUCUGUCGAAGCUCGAGACCGGCUUCGAGCGCUUGGACGAUAAAGAGCCAGGACCGCACGGCCUACGGCUUGAUUACAUCCGGGGCAACCUCUUUGACGUGAAUACCGGUCGGGUUCUUCAGCACGACAUCAAUGGUCCAAAUAAUGACAUUAUCGAUGUCCUGGAGCCUAAAGUCGAGCAAGCAAUCAAGGAAAGGGCUGUCGUUUACAUCUUCGGUGAGCGAUACGACUCAGAUGAUGGAAUACACAAUGUCCACAUGAAUCAGGGCAACAUCGAAAAGUGGUCGGGUGACGAUGGCGUGUACCAGGACGGCGCGCUUAUCUUCCAUUUCCCAGAGACUGAUAAAUGGGUUGGUAUUUUCCUCGCCUUUGCAUCGCAGGCCGUGCAUACAAGCGAGGAUACUGGCCAUGCCAUAUCACGAGUCACCUGGAAAGACCUCCUGCCUGGUGACCUUGUCGAAAAUUCACUUGCUAUCCACAAGGCCGUUGUGGAUUCUUUUGGCCAAGGAGAAGACAAGCAGCAGUCUGUUACCCUGGCGAACCUCACGAACCGCAAGAUAUCACUCGCACGUUGGAGGAUCCGCAAUUCGCGCUUGGAACAACAGGUUCUCCCUAGCAAUGCGGCUGUAGAUGCAAAGGCUACCAAGGUCUUUGAGGUUCCGAAUUGCCCCUUAUCUACAGACGGUGACACUAUCACGCUUCUUAAUCGUGAUGGGCUCAAGGUCGCUGGCGUCAGCUAUAACUCUGAGCAGGGUAAUGCGGAGAAUGGGGAAAUUGAUUUUGCAGGCUAA